AUGGUCGCGGGCGCGAUGAUGGAUGACCAAGAGAAGAAAAUCGUGGUCGAGUUCUGCCACCUGCUCGAGAAGUCCAAGCAGCUUUUCAACGGACUCAGAGAUUUACCACAAUACGGACACAAGCAAUGGCAAGCCUACUUUGGUAGGACAUUCGAUAUUUACACAAAACUGUGGAAAUUUCAGCAACAACAUAGGCAAAUUCUUGAUUCAAAAUAUGGACUUAAAAGGUGGCAGAUAGGAGAAAUAGCCUCCAAAAUUGGUCAACUAUAUUAUCAUUAUUAUUUAAGGACAAGCGAAACUAACUAUUUAAACGAGGCGUUCUCCUUUUAUGCCGCGAUUAGAAGUCGGGCUUACUAUUCAAGAGCUUCCAAAGAGGAUAGGUCUGAUUUAAUGGUAAAGAAAUUAAGGUACUAUGCAAGGUUCAUUGUUGUUUGCCUCUUAUUAAAAAGAAUGAAAUUAGUUCGAGAACUUGUUUCGGAACUAGAUAAACAAAUUGUAGAUUAUGCUAGCACGUAUGAGCCAGAUGACCAACUUGAAUGGGCUCUAGUUUUAGACGAAAUAAAAUCAUUUAUCAAAGCUGAUGGAGUUGUCAGUAUCUUGCAGUCUGAGGCAAAUACCGUAUUCUUAUCUCAUAGGUUAAGUGCUUUAAACACACCCCCCGUUGAGAGAACACCCAUGAUGUGCUACUCUCUCCAGGAAAUUCUCAUCGUAGGAAAUUGCAGUGAUCAGGUAAAAUUUAGCGAACUGACGAUGGACAUGUUCAGAAUGCUACAGACUUUUGAAAGAGAGCCUCAAGACGAGUACAAUCAUAUUUAUGAUUCUUCUCCAGCGCCCUCUAGAGUACCUUUUGAUAAAAGUUAUUCUGUGUCAAGUACAAAAGGCAGUGCCGGCUAUCCAGUUAUGUCAUCGUGCCACGAGAAUGGCGAUAGGCCUCAUAAGAGAGAAAAUCCUCAUAAGUACCUUUUAUACAAACCUACUUUUAGCGACGUUAUGGUCUUUUUAGCAUCAGGUUUCAAAGAACUGCCAAGCAAUGGUGCUCUCUUACUUUACAUUUCGGCUGAUGCCUCUUUUUCUUCUUCUUCCAAGCAUCCGGUGGAUAUGGGAUACGAUUUAGGUGGAGUUCGUACAAGCUGUAGAAAAGAUGUAGACGCUAAUAUGAAAAAAGGCAUUCAUUUCAAGGAAAUGCAUUGCCUAUAUCCUGGUGAUCUCUACCCAUUCACUAGGAAACCUUUUUUUGUGAUAAUCGAUUCUGACAAUAGUUUUGUGUUCGAAAAUAUACCGAGGUAUUUUGGCCAACCUCUCGUAGUGCUCAUGUCUCCUCAAAAUAUUCCUGAAAACUUCCUCGAUUAUCAGAAGUCAGCGGGUAGCCUGUUCACUUUGUUUCUGCAUAGUCCGUUAGCUGCCUUUUGCUACGUGUGCAAUGUCAACUCUGUACCUUUCCACCACUGGGAGCGGUGUCAAUCCUUCGUCGACCGCUUCAUUACUGAAGCCAGCCGACUUUUCACGCAUAGCAGAAUAGAUCCAGCCUUUAUUCCAUUUUUUGGUGAUGAUUUUUUAAGACUUAUUCUAUUAAGAUACAUAUUUUGUGAUGUAGUGCUUCAUCUUCAUAAAGGAUUUCAAGGUUCGAGGCAGUUCAGACCUCAGUGUGCACCGAUGCUUCCAGAAGCGGAACUUUUGGACCACCCCUCUUUAUAUCAUCUUAUUAUAGACCUGGCCGGUCUUCUUAAAGUUAGAAGUUUUUUCAUUGAGAACGCUGAACUGGAGUGAAACCAUCCCUAAACUUCCUGUACUCAAACCUCUCGGUCAGCAAACUGUUACCGUCAUGAAACCAAUACCGACAGAGUCUAAUUUACACUUUUAUUACGAGUACGUGUUCAAUAUUUAAUAAGUAUCGAUUUAUCUCCAUUGACAACAUUAAGAUGAUUGUACAGCGCCAAUUCGCUGCAGGCGUUAGUAGGCAUCCACUACCACGACAGAUUUCGAGUGAGGGCAUUGAUUUAUCCUGAUUGAAAUUUUUUAAACGUAUACGUGUUUAUUUGAAUCAAAUUUAGUACGAUCGAUUUAUCGAAUUUUAUCCAAAUAUAGUAUGUUUUGAGACUAUCAAUGAUAAUCAGUCGAUACCAAUCGAAUUCGUUCGAUAAUCAUGUGACGUAAGACUAAUGGCAUCUACAACAGCUCUGAGCGGUUGCUGUAAUUAAACUGAAUUUAAAACAAUUGAUUGGAAAUUUAAUUCGAUGAACAACAUAAUCUUUUCCAAUGAUUCUCUAGAGUGGGUGGAAAUUGCAGAACUAAUCGGUGCUUGCACUGUUGUAGCAUCACGUCCCAGUACACAACAGCUAGGCCCACAUCAAGGUCCUGAUGCCGCCUUUUUAGAAUCAGGAGGAAUAGUAAAGUUGAACGCUACAAGAAAAGAUGCCAUGCACAUCAAGAAUGGACCAAAAAUUUCCAUAAGCAGGUUUACUAUUCCGCCCACAUUAAAGCUGGAGGUGUUAGAAUCAAUCCUAAUUAUAAGGCGAUUAAAUUGAUCAUGUUUUACACCUUAGGUUUUGGAAUUCAAAGCCCCUGAAAAACUGAUAUCAUAAAAUAAAAAGUGGACCGUUAAUAAGCAAAUCAUUCACAGGAAAAGUAAUGAGAGCACUAACGACGUAUUUUGCGCAUAUAGUUUAACUAUGUGUUUUUGUGCCACAUUUAUCAUAAAUGGCUGUGACUUUCAUCGCUCUGUUAUCAAAUCGUAUGGGUACAAAAAUAUUGAAGAAAAUAUCGAACAAUUUCAUGAAGGGAAAAAAUUAAUUACUUUGUAAUUCAGGAACUUUGCAGCCGACUUGGUUUGUAUCAUGUCAUUUUCUUCGAUUUGGUCGCAUUUAGACUGAUUUUUUAGUUGGUAAAUCAAAGCGCAAAGACGCUCAUCGGGAUCAAAAUGUUACAAAAAGAAAAAGAAUAAGAAAACUUGUAGCUAAACAGCAAGAUCAUAACGUUGGGUCGUCAAAAAAAUACCCUCAAUCAUUGCACGGCCCGUUUUCGCGAAAAUUUAGAAGGCCGCGCGGCGUGCGCCUUCAAUUCUUGCAUAGGCAACAAAGACAACCGUCGAGUAGAUUUAGUUGUAUCAAAGUUGCCUUCAAUGUUGGGUCACAUCAAUUGAAGGCGUCGUGUUCUGUUUCCGUUCACUGUAAAUUAAACGCUUUUCCCUCUCUUUUUCCCUCUCUCUCUCCCUCUCUCCUUGUAAUCUUACGGGUCCAGUUUGGCAAUCAUAAAGAUAGCUCUAGUUUAAAGAUUGCGGGCAUUUUCAAAACACCUGACGCCUGACGCUGCCGUUAUUAUUCAUAGAAAUAUUAAAUUAAAGUAAAUCACACGAUUUACUCGCAUUUUUCUUCUCACCAAUUCCUAUUCAGAAAAACUAUGUAUACUAUGUCAAAAGCCGUGUAUCAAAAUCUUGAGUUUUUGACUGCAAAAACUGUUCGUUAUGAUACAUAUGAGCUCGAGAUUUUAUCGGCAGUUGAAUUGAGGAUUUUUUCGCUUGAAUUCAUUUUAUAUUUUUUAAUGAUUGUGAAAUACAGACGCUAAAAAGCUUAAGAGCCAAAUUCUGUCGAUCAGCCCCUCUCCGACGUUCAGUUUUUUCUACCCCUAUACUUUUCUACAAUUUUUUUUAAUUUUUAUGCGCUCUAAGAAUGAACUUUUAAGAAUAAUUCCUACGGGCAAUGACAUUAGUAAUAUCUUAAAUCGGCCUCUCAGAAUUAAGAGCAUUUUAGAGUGCAAGUGUCAAAAUACAAUUAAUAAUUUUUAUAUCUAAUAAAUAUAAAUACUUAUGACUGCUUAAUUUAAAUAUCUUAAAUUAAAUCAAGUUUUCAGAAGGGUAACAGUUGCUAGAGGCACCGAGAGGGAUAUGGUCGAAGAAUCCAAAUUUUUGCGCAUAUGACUUAAUUUGGACGCACAUUUUGCAAUCAGAACCUACUUUUUACAGUUCGUUUUAGAAACAACAUAUAUGCUAUUAGGCUAUCCACGCAGAUAGGUUCUUUUAAAGAUGAGCCAGGAAUUGUAGCUCCUGAUUGCAAAACGUAGUCUAUUUGGUCCCUUCGAUAGACACAAUUCUAUUUGUUUUAUUGUAUAAGAAAAUUAUUGCGAAAAGGGAACCUUACCGGGAAAAUGCGGUUGAUUCCAAGUCAAAUAGACCGGCCGGUAAUUUUUUUCUUUUCCAUUUUUUUAUCCAAAUAGUUAAUGUUUAUAAGUUUCACUCUUGUCGACAUUUUUCGAAUGUAAGUUACACCCGAGAAAAUUGAAUGGUUUUCACUUUGAAGACCAUAGCCAAAAGAUACAUCGUACGAACGCAUUGAAAGAAUUUAUUAAGUCUGAUUUUCUUAACUUUAACGACUUUCGAGCGUUCUUUUUCUCUCCCCCAUCAAAGUCUGAAAUGUUAGCCAACUGGCUUUGAUUCUCGUUGGUACUUCCCAACCGCUGAUAAAUUCGUGUUUUCCUUAGGCAAUUUUUCCUUUACUUUUGAGUCGCUUCCAUUCGUUGGAUCCUCUGUCUGCAUGAAGAUUUAUCAUAUUCAAAUAUUUUUAUAAUAAAAUUAAAACUGUAUUUGUGAGUAUAUUACUAUCAUUGUUAUUCCACGGUGUUUCGAGAAAAUUAAGACAGCAAAGAUGGAAACAAAAGUAUUGAUGCUAAUUUUUCUGUAUAAAUGUUUUAAAUUUGUUUGAGAAUCGCUACAUUUUUUAUUCGUGGUAAAAAAUAAAGUUCAUCUUUGAGAACUUCCCCGGAAGUUUGCCUACGUGAUAUCCUCUCUAUGGCCCAUUUUAUUCAAUAAAUCGUUGAAAAAAAAA